AUGAAAGACGACGAAUGCGAAAAGACGAAAGGCAUCGAACAACCAACGGUAGAAGAACACGUGCUGCAGUUCGAAUACCAGUUGGAUGUACAAAACCGAUCGAAGUGGAGUGAGACGAAGGGAGUGGAACUCCUUCUGCUCAACAUUGCCGUCGAUGACAUAAUGACAAGAACAGCUGUGCAGUGGUUCGCUGAUAUCAUUUUGACACCGUCUGCACGUCUUUUGUUGGUUCUCGAGUACGCCGAUGAUGCAGUAGCAUUCGCUUCUCGAAGCUCGAAGUUAUAA